GCGGAGAUCAGCAGACGAACGGGAAGUUUACUUCAAAACUGUAACAUAUACUUUUAUUAGAUGAGAGUAGUCGUUCGACCCGCACGCAUUUUAAGAUUGAUCAUGGAAAAUCAAUCAAUAAUUAGAGCGGCUAUAUUUUGGGGUUCGCUCUCUAUAAUAUGGUUAACUUCUAUAGGAAAUUUAAUAUCUGCACUUUUAAUUGCAACAAUUUUUUAUUCAUUCAGCGGAGGAUGGAGAUAUUUGAAAAUGUUGUAUAAUACGACGCCUAGAGAUCUUAGGGGUUUAUAUCAUUUUAUUCAAAUGAAAGUUCUAAUUCGUCAUUUUGAAAAGAAUGAUAUAACAGUUGGCAUAAGAUUUCAAGAAAUAGCAAGGAAAUUUUCAAAUAAAGUAUGUUUUUAUUAUGAAGAUAAAACUUGGACAUUUCAAGAGGUAGAAGAAUAUGCUAAUAGAAUAGCAAAUUGUUUUGCUGAAUUGGGAUUUAGACCUGGUGAUGAUGUUGCCCUGUUUAUGUCAUCUUGCCCUGAAUUUGUUUGUAUAUGGCUUGGACUUUCUAAGAUAGGAGUGAUUCCUGCAUUAAUAAAUUAUAAUUUGAGAUUGGAAACAUUGGUUCAUUGUUUAACUGUUGUUAAAUGCAAAGCUGUUAUUUUUGAAAGUAGUCUUCAAAGUGGUAAAUAUGUUUGGAUGGGGGCAGCAGUAAAAUAUCUAAAAAAUGUUAAAGAUAAUGACAUUGUAUAUUCGUCUUUGCCUUUAUAUCAUACAGCAGGAAGCAUUGUUGGAUGUGCACAGUGUCUUAUAUUUGGAAGUUCUUUAGCUAUCAGAAAUAAAUUUUCAGCUUCAAAAUUUUGGGAUGAUUGCAUUAAAUAUAAUUGCACUGUUGCCAAUUACAUUGGUGAAACGUGUCGCUAUUUAUUAGCACAACCAGAAAGACCAGUUGAAAAACAGCACAAAGUAAGACUAAUGUUUGGAAAUGGACUCCGUCCACAAAUCUGGGAACAGUUUAAGAAUCGUUUUGGAAUUAAAGAAAUUGGAGAAUUUUAUGGUUCAACAGAAGGAAAUGCAAAUAUUAUAAACAUUGAUAACACAGUAGGAUGUGUUGGAUUUACUUCAAUGAUUAUCCCAAGUGUUUAUCCAAUUUCAUUAAUUAAAGUUGAUGAAACAGGAAAACCUAUUCGAAAUAAUAAAGGAUUAUGCAUUAAGUGCCGCCCAGGUGAACCUGGUGAAUUAGUAGGAAAGAUUAUUAAUUCGGACCCACUUCGUUCAUUUGAUGGUUAUGUAAAUUCAUCAGCAAAUGACAAAAAAAUUGUGAGAAAUGUUUUUAAACAUGGAGAUUUUGCCUUUUUGUCAGGCGAUACAUUAGUUAUGGAUGAAAAUGGUUACUUGUAUUUUGUUGAUCGUACUGGCGAUACUUUUAGAUGGAAAGGUGAAAAUGUUUCAACUACGGAAGUUGAAGGUGUUAUUAGCAAAAUUGUUGGAAAUAAAGAUAGUGUUGUAUAUGGAGUUUCAAUUCCAGACGUUGACCCAAUUUCUGCCUCCAGAGCCACAUGGCAAAUGGAAGUAGUUGGGUAUACUGUAAAUGUGGCCAUGAUGUCCCUAGCUGCAUCAUCCAUCAUACAACUCUUGGGCUUCCCAGAUGUUGGUGCAUCAUCAAAAAAAAUUUUAACAAUGACUCUUAAUUAUUUUUUUAAAGGUACUUUUAAAUUGAAGAAAAACAAAUUGAGAGAAGAAGAAUUUGACAUAUCUAAGGUGAAAGAUCCUUUAUAUUAUUUAGAUAUUCCAAAACAGUGUUAUGUACAACUAAAUGAAAGUUCUUAUAAAGAUAUCUGCGAAGGUAAAAUACGUUUAUAACUUAUUAAUUCCAAUUUGAAAAAUUAUGGUUUUACAAAGCAUAUAAGUAUUAUGGUAUUAUUGUUGGGACCAUGUCAGAAUGUACUUAGAGAAGAUAUAAAUGUCAUUGAUAUUGUUAUCCAUUAGAGCUAUUUUCAAAUUGAAUGUUGUUAUAUUGGCUACUAUUUUAUACAAUUAAUUUCAUUUAAUUUGAUGAUUGUAAUGUUUUGUGUACUUAGCUAAAUUUCUAAUAUAUUUUAAUAGAAAUGCAUUUUGUUUUGUAUAUAUUAAAGUACUUUACAUGAUUUUAAAUAUUUAGUUGUUCAUUGUCAAGUAUAUUUUAUGUUAUGCUAAUUAUUUGUACAAAUCUCUUAUUAAAAAUAUCAUUCCAGUUGUAGUCAAUUUUCUAUCAUCUCUUUUUAUUAUUAUACAAAGCCUGUUUCUUAUGCACAUAAUUUAAAAAGAAAUGUAUAAGGGUUUACAUAUUUUUAUUGUAAGUUAUUUUAGAAAUUAUGUGCUACUUUAUAUAUGUACUGAUAUAAGUACAAUUGUACAUUCUGAAAUCAUAUUUUUAUGUUAAAUCAUUUUGUGAGUUGUUUACACAAUAUUUUUAAGUGAGCAUCUGAUAAAUUUUUGAGUUUAUAAUCAUAAUAUAUAUUUGUCUUCUAAAUGACAUUGUAAUGAUUAAGUAUAAUUUGUAUACAUUGGUGAGAUUGAAUUUUGUUACUUAUGUCUUAGUCCAUCCAACAGUUAUUGAAACUGGUGUACAAGUGUUUGUUAAAGAUAAAUAUAAAAUAUAAAACUUACAAAUUUCCUAUAGGAAUAAAUCGAUAAACUUGAAAACAAUAUUGCUGCAAAACUUUUCACAGUUAACAGUAUUGUUGAUACUUUUAAUUUUUUCCUUUAUGGGAACAAUUUUUAAAAUUAUCUUUUAAUUUUUAGUUCUGAUUGAGAUGUUUAAUUUAAAGGAGAAUAUAUUUACAUAUGUCAAGUAAGUUUGUUAAAUAUGAAAGAAAAAGAACUAAAAGUUUAAUAUUCUUACCAUGUUGGGAUUCUUCAAUAAGUUUAAGAAAUUCUAUAUAACAAUGAAUAUCUUCUAAAUUUGAUUCUAUAUCCUUUUACUUUCAUUGCUAAUAUUUAAAAAUUCAAACAAUUUUAAAAUUAUUUUACUUUGACAGUAAUGCACAAUAAUAAUAGUAAACUUUUCAUAGAUUAUUAUAAUUAUUUAGCAUCAUAACUUGCCGAUCUCAAACACACAGCCUUCUUAUCUCUAUUUACAGUUUGCCAUGACAUCAAUUUUGUAAAAAGAUUAAAAAAAACUUAUCUACACUAUUUUUCUGCAAUAUAAUUUGCUAUAUAAUUCCACAUCAGAUUAUUUUGUACACAUUUUACAAAUAACCAAUGUAUUGAAAUUUAAUAAUAAGUAUCAACAGAUAUACACAUCUUAAUCUUUUUAAGUAUUCAGUUGAUUAAACUACAAACUGACAAUAGCUUCUGAAAGCAAAUUAGAAAGUUUUAUAUGUAUCAUUAAAAGUAAAGGGCAUAGACUUACAAAACUUUUAUGAAGACGAAUUGCAAUACAUCCCUUAGUGUUCAAGAAUAUCAAUUUAUGGUCCAUAGCAUGGUUGGGUUAAAGAUGUCAUUCCCUCUGUUUUGACAUCUUUAACCCGACAAUUUUAACUUCUCAAAUAGAAUAAAUAAUAAUGUCAAUUGAUUAGAAUAUAAUAAUUUUUAGUAUUUAAUGCAGCCUUUUUUUUUAAAUUACUAUAUAAAGAUUUGAUUUAUAUUAAGUUAAAAAUGCAACUAUGUUUAGUUAGAAAUAGACUUACUACAAUGUAUUGAAAAUGACAUGGACACAGCAGCUAGUAAAUAAUGAUUGCACUAUAAUUUUUUUUAUAUACUUCAUUAAUUACACAAUUUUAAUUUUUAUAAUGAGCAAGAUGAAUAAUGAAAUAUAAUAAGAGUUUCACAAGUUUUUAACAAUAUGAAAUUAAUUUGUUUAAUGGAAGAACAAUAAUAGUCUUAAUUACUUUAGUAUUUUGAUAGAAAAUAAAUUAUGUCAUCAUCUUAGUAACUGAAUUUGAUUGACCCUCAAUUAACUAGAUUUGAAUGUUGAAAAAAAUAAAAUUGAAUAGAUAAAGAAAAUCUCUAAAGUAUAUUGCAAUAGCAAACAGAUGUUUACAGAGAAAAAGUCACUGCUAUAUACUACUAUGUGACUUUGCACAUCACAAAUGCUGAAUAUAGUACAUUAAUGUUUGUCUGUUGAAGCACUACCAUAGUAGUAAAUCUUUUCUGAUGGUAGAAAGAUUCACCUUGAAAGUAGGCACUAUUUGAUUCUUGAAUACCUACUUCAAACUGAAGCUUAGGCCUUGAAAAUGCUUUUUUAGUUUGGGGAUCAGAUAGAAGUCCAAUGUUGAUAAAUCAGAAUUUUAGGUAAGACCAGGAAGACUUUUCCAAUGCCAAGUGUCCCAAUAGAUUGUGAUGAGAAAUACAGUAAAACUUCUCUAAUUCAAAUAUCUGUAAUAUGCUUCAUUUUCUUUGAGUUAAAGAAAUAUUAACUUGAUGGGUCUGAAUGGAAUAGUGCAGAGAUUUAACAUCUCCAAUUCGAAUUUUCUCCAUGUCGAAGGUUUUCACAGUCCCCAACACCAAUUUAUGUUACUUUCAACUUCCCCAAUUCAAAUUUCAAUAUUUAUUCUAUCCAAAGUGAUCCUAAUUAUUGAUUUUCAUGAAAUUUUCAGUUAGUUGUAUCUGCUGUCCAACACCCAUUUUCAAUGUUUCAGUCCAAAGUGGAACCAAAGUGGUCCAAAGGACCUCUCACUUUAUCUCAACAUGUCCCUGCAAAACUAUUCAAUUCCAUUACCUACAUUGAACAUUUUGCUUAAGGGUGUUCCACUGACUGUUUAAAACAAAAAACUAUCAAUUUAUCUUUUAGAUUAUAUAAUACAAGAGAAGUAAAAAUACAUUUGGAAUUGCCAUUUUUCACUCUAUUGUUCUUUAACUUGAAUUGUCUGUAACUCUAAUUUUUUUCCUGCCCCUUGAAGUUCUGAGUUAGAGAAGUUUUACUGUACUAGGCUGGGUAUCAUUCCUUUUGAU